AUGACAACGUAUGAGAUUACUGGUGAUCAAUUAAUUAGUAUAUUCGCUAAUCGCAAGAGUCUCGAUGGGUUCGAAUCAUUACAGAGCAAGAUCGAAUUGAUUAUUAUUAAUAAAAUAUUACCGACUUGUGCUGGUGGAUCUGAAGAACAGUUUAAAAGUGCUCGUCAGGAUUUACAAGUCUUACUUAAAAAUGGUUGGCGAUUGGGCAAAGUUAUCGAUUUAUUAUACAGCAUCAAAGUGCAUCGAGAUGAAUUCGAUAGUUCAUCUCAAUUUUUUCGAUCUUUAAAAAUUCUAGUUGAUUACAAAAUGAAUGAAAAUGCUCUAAACUCCUUAAAAGAGAUCUUUUCUCAUGAAAAUAUCCAAUCAUGGUUAGCGAAUGUUCAUAACUUAGCCAUUGAACAUCAUUUCGGUUCAAUUAGUUCCGAGAAAAAUUUAUUAACUCUAUUAGCUGAAAUCAAACAAGUCAGUCCAGAUAUAGAGGUCAUUAGAUUCGAAGAAAUGUUCGCUCAAAUUGAUCAAGCCUACGAAAAAGACUCAUCCCAUUUUCCACAAAAUGAACUGAUCAAAAACUGGAGUAUCAGCAAAAUCCAAGUUUGGGUCAUUCAAGUUUUAAAAUUUCAAUCAGCUAAUUCUAAUCGAUUUCCUUUAUUUGAAAUUCUUGCUGUAAUCAAACGUGCUGUCUACCUCGAUUCCCAUUUUGAACCACGACCGAUCCAAAUCUUAGCUGUUCUCUUUAUACUCGAUCGCAAUGAUCAAGGAGGACGUUUGUUACAGAUCUUAACAGGUGAAGGCAAAUCGACCGUUGUUUCUAUCUUAGCUGUAAUCAAAGCCCUACAGAGUCAACACGUUGACAUUGUCACAAGUGCAAUGACUUUAGCAAAACGAGAUGCUCAUGAACGUGAAAAGUUCUAUAAAUAUUUCGAAAUACAAGUUUCGCAUAAUAAUGAUGAGACUAGUUACGUUUUUGGACCGAAGACCUGUUAUGCAGCUAAUGUCGUCUAUGGUACUUCCAGUCAAUUCCAAUUCGAUUUACUUCGUCAUGAUUUUAGUCUACUCUAUACACGCACGAUUGAUAAAAGUACUGGUGCAGCUCGUCCUCAUGACGUGAUUAUUAUUGAUGAAGUCGAUAGUAUGCUCCUUGAUGAAAAUAAUACCAUCGCUCGUUUAGCUGAUCAAUCACCUGGCAUGGAAUGGCUCAAAUCAUCACUUUAUGGUAUUUGGCGAACGGUUGAAGCUGAUCCUGAUGUUGUAUCUAAUCGAGAUUUAAUUGUCAAAAAUCUCAAAGAAUUUUUUCUCGAUUCAAAAAAAGUCACAGAUCAAAAUUCCUACACAUUUACAUCGCUUUUUGAAUAUCGUCUCGAUCAUCACUACAUGAUCAAACCCGAUGAAACACGUACGAAACGAAUUAUGCCAAUUGAUUUUUCCAAUACAGGUGUCAUUCAAGCUGAUACAACAUGGAGUGAUGGUCUUCAUCAAUUUCUCCAAAUCAAACAUGGUCUUAAAAUGACUCCCUUGACUGUUACCACGAAUUAUCUCUCCAAUGUCGGAUUAUUCACUCGUUAUGGUAAUCAAAUUUAUGGCUUAACAGAAAGUCAAUACAAAGUGAGCACAACGAUCGGUGAAAUUGUUCAACAAUUAAUGAUUGAACAAUGGAAUGAUCAAAUAUUCCAUGAUCAAUAUUAUUCUACAUGUCAAUUAAUUGAAUGUACUUUUACAUAUCAGAAACAAGCUGAGUUAAUCUAUACGAUAACCACCAUUAUUGGCUUAUUAGGUGGAGUUACAACUGUUUUAAAGUUAUUAAUACCAUCGCUCGUUUCAUUUCGUAGACGAAAAAAAGAUCUAGGAGCAGCGACAGAUACAACAUCGCCAUCUCCACAAAGUAAGCCAUGUUAA